AUGGUCGUGCACCGGCUGGGCUUACCCGAGCGGCAGUUUGUGGUGAAGGCCAUCGCCCUCCGCGGUUUGGAUGCACAGGGCCGUUUGCGGGCUCUGAAAGAAAUUCAAAUUCUGAAGAGCCUGCGACACGAGAGUAUCAUCGAGUAUAUCGAGAGCUGGUGGAUUGGUGCGGGUCCCGAUUCGGGGCGGCUUACGCUUGUGAUGGAGUGUGCUGAGAAUGGUGAUUUGCGUGUGCCUGUGCAAGCCGCGGGUCAGAGCGGGAAGCACUUGGAGGAAGUCCUUGUCCUUAGCUGGCUUCAGCAGAUGCUGAGGGGACUGGAUCAUGUCCACCAGAAGGAGAUAAUCCACAGGGAUUUGAAAGCCAUGAAUGUCUUCUUGAAGGACACGUGGCGAACAUGUAAGUUGGGAGACUUUGGAAUUUCAACGGCACUGGAGAGCGGAAAGUCAGCCUCGGGUUGCGUGGGCACACCUGCCUACAUGGCCCCGGAGCUCUUGUGGAAUCAGCGCUACGCCUCUGCAGUAGACAUGUGGGCAAUCGGGGUGGUCCUGUAUGAACUCAUGGCUUUAAAGCUGCCAUUCUGCGGUUCCAACGUCCUCGCUCUGGUGUACCAGAUCGCCUUCAACACCUACGAUCCCGAGCCUCUGUGCAUGGUUGGCUAUUCCACAGCCUUGAUCGAGCUUGUUUCGCGGCUGCUGGACAAGGACCCUACGAAGCGACCUAGUGCCUCCCAGCUCCUGGGUGAGCCUGCUUUGUGGGAGACUUUUUCGAUUGAGGCUGCUGGGACCAUGGCGGCAGCGUCGUUCAAUGCAAGCUUGUCAUCCAACCUCUUCUCCGACACCUGCCAGGGUGACCUGUCAGAGGUGCACCAUGCGUGCACGCCAGGAAUCACCAUGCCCUCCGCGAUGCAGAUGGUCUCGGGAACCGGUAGCGACUGGGGCGACGCCGUCGCCUUGCUGGCAUCCAUGGGCACUGAUAGCAUGACUGGUGCAAUACCUGCAACUUUGGCAAGUGCAGAGUCACUGGGGAGUGUGGUGUCAAACGUCAAGCUGUGGGAGGAAAUAUUGAGGACAAGAGAGGAGAGUGAUAAUGUGUCACUUGAUCGGUUCGAGGAACUGUUGAGGUCGAUUGGUAGCUCCAGGCCUGAUGUGACGCCGGACCAGCCGAAGUGUGACGAUGAGCGAAACAGCCCGCCUCAGCGGCAGAUUGGAGCCUGCGACGAAGCUGAGGAAAAUCUGGCACGUGCGGCUCAGGACGUUGAGGACUCGUUCAAGCUGGCGGCCCGGGUUGAUCUCUUUCUGAAGCGACGUGGGGCGAUCACUUUGUUCCAUGAGGAAGAGAACAACAUUGAUGAGAAAGCAGCUUUGCUGCGCGAAGCGCCCGGGAGCAUCCAGCGUGCCGUCCUGGAGGGGGGAAGUCUGCGGACCUGCAGAGAUCCCUCUGCGGGAUGCGUGGGCCGCAUUCGCAAGGCGGAGAAGCUGCGCAGGGGUGCCCCACAUCCACAUGAGGCGUCAGUGGAGGACUUCAUCAAUACAAACUGCCUCAGCGGGAAAGCAGCAGCCGCUCUUCGCUCUGUACCAUCGCUAGUGCAGCGGAAGGUCCUCGAGCAGGGAAGCCUUCGCAGCUGUCGCGAUCCAAAUGGAGGCUGCCUCUCGCGUAUCAGCCGAGCGCAGGCUGCUACGAAGGCUCCUGUAACGGCAGCAUCUUUUGCCUAUCCGACGAGGGAUGAAAUCGAGUUCUUCGUGGAAGACAACGACUUGAAUGAGCGGGCAGCAGAAGCGCUGAGAGGCGCCCCUCCUGCUGUGCAACAUCACGUGCUGGAGCAGGGAAGCCUACGGAGCUGCCGUGAACCGAGCGCUGGCUGCAUCGGCCGAAUCGGGAAAGCGCAGAAGCAGAUGGAUCCUGCACUUCUAGCAGUGCGUCAUGCGCCAUCACUUGACGAAUACGAAGUGGAAGAUUUUAUUGCGGACAACCGCUUGGACGAGCGAGCUGCACAGGCGCUUCGCGGGGCAGCUUCUUGGGUGCAGCGCCAGGUCCUGGACCAGGGCAGCCUCUUCACUUGCAGAGAUCCGAAUGCUGGAUGCAUCGGUCGACUUCACCGAGCACAGAUGUCGGCGCAAGCAGACGAGGUGGAGAGCUUUAUACAGGACAACGGCCUGAAUGCACGGGCUGCAUCUUUGCUACGAUCCUCAGCGCCGUCGGUGCAGCGCAAGGUCCUGGAUCAAGGCAGUCUUUAUGGCACACGUGAGCCCAGUGCUGCCUGUGUCGGACGCAUCGGGAAGCUGCAAAGGAUGCCUUCACGUCGAGAACCUCGGCGGGUCCGAGAAAAGAGGGACGCCCCGAAUUACGACGAGGACGAGGAAGUGCCACUCGACAGCGAGUUUCCGGACGAGGCGGUCUCCAGUCAGCGGAAGGAGUUCGAGGCCUGGGAUGAGCCUGCGCCAGCUACGGAGACACAGCCGGAGAUGGUGGAGCAGUUCAUCCUUGACAAUGAACUGAACAACCGGGCAUCCAGUGCCCUUCGAGGCACAGCCGCAGAAGUGCAACGUCAGGUGAUGGAGCAGGGCAGUCUUGCCACAUGCAGAGAACCGAGCGCUGGUUGCAUCGGCCGAAUACGAAAGGCUGAGGCUGCAUUGCAUCUGCCACUUAUGGAAGAGGCGCAAUGGGCCCCUCCACCUCAGGCGCCGGAGCGUCCCAUUGAAGCUGAGCUUACAGCUGACGAAUUGGACACAUUUAUCUGGGAGAACCAUCUCAACGAGCGCGCGGCGGAUGCGCUUCGAGGGGUCUCCCCAGACAUACAAAUGGAUGUUCUGUCGCAGGGAAGUUUGGCUUCGUGCCGCGAACCUAGCGCAGGCUGCAUCGGCCGCAUCGCGAAAGCUCAAGCAAAGAACCAGUACCAUGGCUCUCCAGCUGCUGGCCGGCACCCCAACGGCGACAGUGGGGUCCAUCACCCUCGGCGGAGAUCUUUGCCAUCUCAGCCAUGGAUUCCUUCAGAAGCUGAGGUGGAGCAGUUCGUGGAGGACAACGAUCUGAACGAGAGAGCCGCCGAUGCCUUGAGGAGCAUCCCCGCGAUCAUCCAGAAGCAGGUCCUCGAGCAGGGGAGCCUGCGGGGCUGUCGCGAGCCGAGCGCCGGCUGUAUCGGCCGCAUUGCCAGGGCACAGAGAUCUGCGCAUGUCGCGGAGGACGCUUUGCAGGCACCCUCUGCCGACGAACUGUCGGCCUUUGCCGAGCAGAACAGCAUUGGCGACCGUGCGACAUCCGUCCUGUACGAGGCGCCAGCUGCUGUCCAAAGAGCCGUGUUGGACCAGGGAAGCCUCCAGGGCUGUCGAGAUCCUGGCGCCGGCUGCGUUGGCCGGAUCAGGAAGGCUUGGGCAAAGGUGUGUAAGUAG